AUGCCCCAACCUGACGUUUCUCUCGACCAGCAGCUGAGUUUUACUGGAAGCUAUAUCAUUGUGUCUGCGACCGACUUUGUGCAAACUUUUCCGGCAGAAGUAAGAGCCAUUUGGUCUAGGUCAUUAAAAGGGCCCUCGACUCUCUUCAUCCUGAACCGGUACAGCUUUCUCGGUUACCUUAUCCUACGGCUUAUUGUUGGCGAGGCGAAAACUCCCACUGCCUCAGGAUGCUUGCUGCAUGAUAAGCUACUCAACGCUUUCGGCACGGUGUCGGUUGUAUCAGCUGGUCUUCUUCUUUCUCUGCGGGUGUAUGCUCUCUACGGUCAAAGCAAAACCGUACUGGGCUCGGCCAUCGCCCUCAUUCUUUCGCGUAUGUUUAUAGAUGUCGACGUCGCCGUAAAACCAGAACACUCAACCCCAGGCGGACUCGAUGCCCUUUGCCCCUGCGAGUUUAUCCCGUCGAAUAUAAAACUUUAUACUAGAUUUGAGGCAAUCAUCCCGCUGCUGGGCCUCGCUUUUGAUACUUUCAUCUUUGUGUUGACUCAAAAGAAGACGCAAGACCAUGCAGCCGAGAUGCGCAGACUGGGACACUCCAGUGUGACACAGCUGAUCUGGCGAGACGGUGUUCUAUAUUUCCUGAUUCCCAACAUUCUCACAAAUCGCAUGGUUAUAAGUCUUCGUGUUUAUGACUCCGACGGUCCACCGGCUGACACCACAACCCCCGAUUCUUCAUCUGGGGUGGAUUUCACCUGGAAUCCAUGGCUUGGCAAUAUUGGGUUCUCAUUAGAUGCAGAUGAACAAGAUGAUGAACGAGGCGGAGACUAUUUCAAGUGA